AUCGAUCAAACUUACCAAUCCAAACCAUUAUUUUACUAAGUAUCAUAGGUUGACCAAGCAAAACGCAGGUAAAGAACCCUUUUUUCUUGCAAUAGAAAUGGAUAAAGUUUUUGAGAUCCAAAAAAAUGCUCGAGACAAUGUGAAGUCCUUACAAACAUAUCUCACAGACUUGCAGAAUUGGGAAUCGGAGAUGAAACGUAAAGAGGCCGCGCUCAACGGAAACUUUGAGCAGGAUUUACCUCCAGUGAGAAGCAAGACACGCAAAGAGAGGCCAAUUCAAGUGAAAAAGAAGCAACUAAAUAGAAUAUCCUCGUCCGACUACAGUUCUUGGGAGAAAUUCGAUGUGGACAAAGCAUGUGAAGAAGUAGAUAUGGCAGAAAUGGGCCCAAUGUCCCUUGAUAGCAAACAGAGCGAGCAAGAGAAGCAGGAGAAGUUAAGAGAGGAAGCUCAAUAUGAGAAAGAGAGGGGAAAUACAUUUGUGAAGCAAGAGAAAUGGGAUGAUGCAAUAUCUUGUUAUAAUAGAGCUAUUGAAUUAGUAAAAAAUGAUGCUAUUUACUAUGCUAAUAGAGGACUUUGUUAUCUUAAGAAGGACAGCCUUCAUCAAGCAGAAAAAGACUGUACUGAAGCUUUGAAAUUGGACUCGACAUAUGUAAAAGCAUUACAGAGACGAGCCACUGCUAGGGAGAAACUUGGGUCUUUGAGAUCUGCCAGUGCUGAUCUCUAUGAGGUGUUAAAGCUUGAGCCUAACAAUGUAGCUGCGAGAAAACAAUUGGAAACAAUCAAAGCGAGAAUGGGAACUAAAGGCUCGAAAUCUAAGUCAUCGCCGUUAUCAACCCCCACGUUGGAAUCCAAGUCCAUAACCCCUAUCGAAUCCAAACCAAAAGUGGUGGAAAUUACUACAGCUGAAUCAACGCCGCAGGAAAAAUGGAAGAACGGUGUUGGCGAAAAUAUUACAGUCAUUAAAACCGUGAAGAAGCCACCGCAUUUGAGGUCCAAGAGAGCCCUCAAACACAUUACAAUACAAGAAAUUCCCCUUGGCUGCACAGUACCCAAAGUAGAAGCCAAAACAAUAGACAAUUUAGCCCAAGGCGACACCAAUAACAACUCAGAUGAAACAAAAGACUGCGCUCUGUCAGCUAAAGGCGAUAACAUAGAAAUUAAUUCAACCGAAAUUAAAUCUAUGGAUAAAAUGGUCCCGCCAGUCAAUAGUGUUCAAUUUAUGAAUGAAUGGAAGUGUUUAAAGGGUUCGGUUGAGGCUAGGAGUAACUACUUAAAUAUAAUAGACCCAUCAAAUAUACCGUCGAUAUUUGCGAAUGCAUUAGAAAGUGAUGUUUUAUCGGAAUUAUUGAGUGUAUUAUACGAAUUUAAGGACAGAUACACACGGGGUCUGAGUCUAUACCUUCAAGCCUUCACACGCGUCAAGAGAUUUUCCGCUCUAGCUAUGUUUUUGGCUGAUAAUGAUAAACUUUUGGUCAAUAAAAUGCUGGUCCAUUGUAAAACAAAGGAGGGUCUUAGCGAUGACAAGAUAAAUGAAUUGAAGAACAAAUACGAGCUUUAGUUAGCAUUUAUUAGUAGAUAAUAAUUUAAAUAACGGAAUAUGCGUGUGAUUUUUUUACACUAAUUUUAGUGGAAAUUACAAUGUUUUUAAAAGAAAUCCUACGAAAUUAAUAAGCGUGUCAUAAGCAUGAGAGAUGUCGCAAUAUUAGUUACCAUCUGUCAAAAAUUUUGUGUGUCUUCACUCGCCCUUAAAUAUUUUUUAUCUAUUCCAUAUUUAAAUCCCAUACAGUCUAUGGACUUCCAGAGCAUUCGAAUUGAACUUCAUUCCAUUAUUAAAAAUACCAUUUGUAUUGCGUUCUUAAAUCAAAUUUACGUUUUCUAUUACUUGUCAUAGAUAACAAAAAGCGCGCCAAAAUAUGGUUUAUUAUAGCGACAUUACGUUUCAAUACACGCAUAGUCAUGAAUCCUGUUUAGGAACGGGUACACGCGAUGAUUCUUAUGGCCUCCAAGCAAUAAAUUAAAGUCAAAUUUUAAUGUUUUUAAUAAAACACCUUUAUCUAAUGUAGCAUAUCUGAAAGAAACAUCUUUACUGUUAGGAUAAGUAGUUUUUUUUUGCAAAAUUGAACUAAAUGAUCGUUUCUAAUAGGUGUAUAAAUUCAAGGCUUUACUAUAAGACUAAACUUAAACCUUCAGGAAUGCCAUUCUUCGUUCAGUCGAACCUUUAUAAGGCCUUGAAGGUUUAGGUAUAUAUAGCUCAUUAAUUUGAUAAGACCCUGAAUAUUGUAUAUUUAUUGCGAUUAUUGUUUAGGAAAAUAGGAUUUUGUCAUAAAACGCGUCGAUGUACGGCGUUUAAUUCUCACUUGUGACGUCACUUAGUCCAUACAAAUUCGUAAGCGAUCGCUCCAUAAUACUUAAAUAGUUUCCCCAUUGAAUAAGAGUGUAGUGAUUUGGGAUUAUGGGGUAAAUUACUGGAAGGUGUGAAACUGGGUAUUAUGCUACUUUGCAAAAACAAUAUGCUGUGUUAAGACAUGAAUGAUCAAACUUCUUUGUAAAAUUAAAAAAAAAUACAUUUUGAUGACGUAGAUCGUUUUAAUACAUACAAGAGUUUGGUGACGUCAUAAUGGACAAACGUCAGAUAAUAAAUCCAAUUCUUGGUAAUAGACUAUAAAAUGAUCGUUAAUAGUUUUUCAUUUUUUAACAGAAGUAUAAUUUAAGUUGAUCAAAAACACAUUGAAAGGUUUUUUGAUUUGAAUGGUGAAAAGGGUUAUUUCCUAAAUAUAGGUUUUGUACAUA